AUGAAGCGUGCCCUGCGCGAAAUAGCUGAUCACAACACGGCCGGCAGCAACGACGCGCCGGCGACCGCACGCGCCGGUAGACGGCGGACGCGGAGCGCCACGCGCCGCGCUGCCGAGGAGGAGCCCUCUGCGCCGGCUCCGGCCGCACCGCCGCGGCGACGGCGGCGGCGCGCGCCCGCCCCUGCGCCGGCCGAGCCGGAAUUGCCGGGGUCUGACGACGUAGUGCCAGCGCCAGCGCCAGCACCAGCGCCAGCGCAGCCGCCAGCGCCAGCGCCACAACAAGUGGUGGACCUGACCCGGGACGACGACGCUGCUGAUACGCCAGCUGCAGCGCCACCGCCACCGCCGGCGCCAGCACCAGCGCCGCCAGCGCCGGCACAGCCGCCAGCGCCACCAGCGCCACCGCAAGUGGACCAGCAGCCAGCGCGCCACCGCAACGUCUUCGGCUACGCCGCGACGACCGUGGAGCCACCGCCAUCGGACCGCCGCCACCUCGCCUCGAAGCGGGCCCCCGCGCCGGGCCGCGGCGCGACGAUUGUUGGAGUGCGCUCGACGCGGCCGCGCGACCCGCUCGCGGCGGCGCUCCGGCCCGCGCCGAAGCGACCGAAGAAGAAGAGCGCGCGGGAGCGGUUAGCCGCCGCAGCCGCAGAAGCGCCGGCGUCGGCACCGCCGCGCCCGCCCGCGCCGCCGCCGCCGCGGCGCCCAGCGCCCCCACCACGACGACCCGCGCCGGCGCGGGCGCCGCCGGGGGCGGCGCCACCACCACGACAACUCGCGCCGCCGGACCCGCGCCAGACCUGCGACGCGUGCGGCGCGCCGGCCUGCCUCGAGACGGACCGCGGCGGCGCCGCCUGCCUCUACCACUGGUUCGCCGGCGCGGCGUUCCGGAGAGGCCGGAGCCGCGUCGUUGCGCGGGACCGCAUCGACGCGGCGGCGCCGCGCGUCGAGGGCGCCUGGCAGCGGGCCUUCGCGCGCGCCGCCGAGGCGGUUGGAGUGGAAGCGGCGAAGCGGCUGGCCGAGCGCCAGCAGGCGCCCGACGACGACGACCCCUUCGGGGCGCUGCUCGGGUCCGAGGCGGAGGCGUCGCGGCGCAAGCCCACGCGGCCGACGCAGCUCUACGCGCGCGCCGGCGAAGAGAUCGUCGUGACGCGCGACGAGGACCGCGCCGACGGCUGGCCGUGCGUCGCCUGCGGGUCGUGCCGCACGGACCGCGAACCCUUAGGGGGCGGCAACCUCCAGACCCACAAGACGGAGACCUGGGGGUCGAAGGACGCGCCGGACUCCAUGUGGGCGGUGUCGUGCCGGGCGUGCGGGCACGAGUGGCGGACGGAGGGGUAA